AUGGAAGCUGGCAGGAGUGCUGAUGAAGUGCUAUACCACAAUCAGUCGUCAGUAAAGUUAGGUGAGUUAGAAAGAUACGUUAUUACAUAUGAGCUAUACCAGGGUGAUAGUAUUCCCGCUGAUAUCACACUGGAUUCCCUAUGGGUAAAGAUCAAAAAUACCACAAAGCUAUCCUAUAAACCAGCCUAUCUAUUGGGCCCAUUUAUCUUAUAUUGUGACGUGCGAGCAAAAGAUUACGAAAGCUCGUAUAAGAUCAUAUGUUCGGCGGAUAAACCAGUAUUUCAAUCAAACCUACAGGCACAACAAAAGUUUAUUGCAGAGUUGUCCUUGCACCACAUUAAGCCACGCUAUGUAUGGAUAGUGGAUAUUGUCAGUCAAAUACUAUUUAAUAAAGAAACUAAGGUAACUUUUGAGAUAGUAGUCGGCAAUUCAAAGGCCUCUUUGAAAAGAAAAAUACGAUGUAAUGAUUCAUUGCCUGAUAAAGCCUGCAAUAUUUUACACACAGGAUUAUCGGUGCAUAGACUUACCACCGCAGAUAUAUGGAAAGUACCACGACCCAUAGACAUGUCGCAAAAAUCCCAUUUAGUCAUUCUCACGCAUGGUUUUCAAUCAAACGUUUCGGCAGAUAUGGAAUACUUAAUGGAAGAAAUAUACAAGGCUCAAAUGAACAAUCCAAAUGAGCGACUAGUUAUUAAGGGAUAUAUGAAGAAUGCUUGUGAGACUGAGAAGGGUAUUAAGUUUUUGGGUGUUGGAUUGGCAAACUACAUCAUCGACGAGUUAUAUGAUGACUCUGUUGGGAAAAUUUCAUUUAUUGGUCAUUCCCUGGGUGGAUUAACACAAACUUUUGCUAUUUGUUACAUAAAGACCAAAUAUCCAUAUUUCUUUAAGAAAGUGGAGCCAAUCAAUUUUAUCUCACUGGCGUCACCAUUGCUAGGCAUUGCUACCAGCACGCCCAAUUACGUAAAAAUGUCAUUGUCGAUGGGUAUCAUUGGUACUACGGGGCAAGAACUGGGUCUUAAGGAUGGAAAUUAUGGUGAUAAGCCCCUACUUUACCUGCUAUCCGAGGAAUCCUUAAUCAGUGUGCUUGCUCGAUUCAAAAGAAGAACACUUUAUGCUAAUGCCGUCAACGACGGAAUAGUUCCCUUGUACUCCUCUUCUUUACUUUUUUUGGACUACUCUCAAUUACUUCAGAAACUGGGAGGUCAAACUACGGCACCUUGUGAUCCUCUCUUCCAGCCUGAAGUAAGUCCUAUUGGGGAACUUCCAAAUCAUAGCGAUGUUGCUAAUGAUGAUGAUGGAAUCAAUGCAUCGUCAUGGAACACGUUUUGGAAGAGCAAGGAAAAUAACUGCGACAAGAAAUCUAAACGCUUGAUGAAUGCUUCCGUCAUCAAAUCUAUGAAGUCUGUGCUUCUAUCACCAUGCCCCGACGCAAAGUUCUUCUCAGAUCCCGAUGCAAGGGUCGCAACAAUCAUACAUGAUAAGAUCUACACAGAAAAGAAUUUACCGCCUCCAUCACCAACACUUUAUGAAGGAACAGCAGCCAAGGAAGGCGAAACGAGGAAGACGAGAAAAGAGAUGGAGGAAAUCAUAGCACGCCGCUGGCACAAGGGGAUGCAUUGGAGGAAAGUCGUGGUAUUGCUGAAACCAGAUGCCCACAAUAACAUCAUCGUAAGAAGAAGGUUUUCCAACGCUUACGGCUGGCCGGUGGUUGACCACCUUGUUACCGCCCAUUUCCAAAGAGAUGACCCAAUCGCCUCACCAAUGCAAGAUAAACAGUUUGCUGAGGAAGAUAUAAACAUGGCAACCGGAGGGGUGGAACCAAACAAGUUCUACUCAUGGCUCACCAAGAUCGAGGAUCCUAGUGUGUACCAUGGUGGAAUAGUCUCCACAGCUAGCCAGCUCGCCAGCUCCUGGAUUAGCAAGCAUUCCUCUGUGACAGAUUGA